AUGUCCUCCCCAACAAUCACGCUCUACACGCGCCAAACCCCCAACGGCAUCAAAAUCUCCGUCACCCUCGCCGAGCUGGACCUCCAAUACAACGUCUACAACAUCAACCCGCACACGCAAGAGCAGAAAUCCCCCUGGUUCCUGGACAUCAACCCCAACGGCCGCAUCCCGGCCAUCACCGACACGCACCCGGACGACGACGGCAAGGAGAUUCGAGUUUUCGAGAGCGGAAGCAUCAUGCAGUACCUCGUGGAGAGGUACGAUACGGAGUAUAGGAUUUCGUAUCCGAGGGGGAGUCGGGAAUACUGCACCGAACACAGCCCCUACGCCAUCCAGCGGUACCAAGACGAAACGCGCCGUCUCUAUGGAGUCCUAGACAAACACCUCCACGACGCCGGGACAGACUACCUCGUCGGAAACAAGUGCACCAUCGCCGACAUCGCCACCUGGCCCUGGGUCACACUGGCGAGAUGGUCUUUGGGCGGCGAACACCAUCCCGUCAGCCCGUUGGAUGAGUUUCCGGCUUUGAAGGAGUGGGAGGAGAGGAUGUUUAAGAGGGAAGGGGUGGAGAAGGGGAGACAUGUGCCUGAGCCGCAUCAGAGGGAGAUUUUGCGGGAUCCGGUGAAGAUGGAGGCUUUUGAGGAGAGGGGAAGGGAGUUUUAUAAGAAGACGGCGGACGAGAAGGAGGCGACGGCGAAGGCAAAUGAGUAG